UGAUUUUACUUAUCUUCAUGCAAAAGUGGUUAAAGCAGAGAACGACAAUUGACCGAUCGGCAAUUUCCAUACAGACCGCACAGUUCGUGCUUCGUAGUCUGCUUCUGGAAGUAAAAUUCUAAGCACAGUUAACGCAAUACCGGUAUUAAAAAAAUAAAGAAUUAAAUAAAUCAUCAGUGGGAAGAAUUUAGUGUGGCCUUUGUAGUUUAUCACAAUCGUGAUUUACUUUCUCAUAUCUAUUUUCCUCGUUGAAACAUUCGGGGAAUGUAUAUUGUGGAAAUAUAACUUUUUUUUUUGAAGAUAAUAUAAAAUAUUUAUAAAAAUAUAAAGAAUGUCAACUUUAAUGUUACGAACAUUUAUGCCGUUACAGAGAUGCACAAGGCAUAAUUUAAUUAAGCUGUAUAUUAAUCAUAGUAAAAGUAUUUAUACCAGUAGAGUAUUGUGGUUGGAAUCAUCGGAGUCAAAAAUACCAAAAAGACAAGAUAAGAAAUUGAAAUCGCCAAUAUCUUGGAAGAGUUUAUGCGUGACAGCUGUAAUAGGUGGUGGAUUUUUGUUGUUCAUGUAUUAUUUAAGAGAACAGAAGGAUAUAGCUAUAAUGCGUGAAAGGAAACGUCAUUUGGGAAAAGCUCAAAUUGGAGGAACGUUUGAGUUAAUCAAUCCUGAAGGAAAGAUAGUUAAAUCUACAGAUUUUCUUGGACAGUGGCUUAUGAUUUAUUUUGGAUUUACUCACUGUCCGGAUAUCUGUCCAGACGAGCUUGAAAAAAUGACUAAAGUCGUUGAUGGCCUUGAGAAAAAAUACAAGAUCAAAAUUCAGCCAAUAUUUAUAACAGUAGACCCUCAAAGAGAUUCACCAGCUAUUGUUGGGAAGUACAUAAAGGAAUUCUCCGAUAAAUUCAUUGGACUUUCAGGCUCCACUGAGCAAAUUGCUCAAGUAUGCAAAGCAUACAGGGUGUACUUUAGCAGUGGUCCAAAGGAUCAGGACAAUGAUUAUAUUGUUGAUCACACUAUCAUAAUGUACUUAGUAGACCCGGAUGGGCAUUUUGUGGAUUAUUAUGGGCAAAAUAGAAACGCAGAAGACAUAAUAGAUAGUGUAGUAAUAAAUAAGAUCAAAUAUGAUAAACUGGAAAAUAAGUCUUUGUUACCAUCAUUAGGUUUCAAAGAACUAGCUUAGAAAAAGAAAUAUAUAUAUUGAUGCGCAGGUGGAUAUGACUAAAUUUUCAAAAAGUUACGUUAACAAUGUUUAGCUAGCUUUUGUACCUACAUGGUACUGUGACUCUUUUUAGUUUACACUCACAGAGUACUACCACUUAGUAGUCAAGAUAAAUAAAUUUAAUAAAAAAUA